AUGUUCACCGGCCCAACACUCCGACCUAUAAAAAGGGUACGAAACUCGCUCGAAUACAUCCCUUCGUCCAAGAAGCGCAAGGCGGAGGAAACCAAGCCAGAUGACGGUUCCGGCCAAGAUGACGAUUCCGGCCAAGAUGACGAUACACAGGUGCUUGAGGUGGUCAACUCGUUCAGAGGUACAAAGUCGCGCGACCCUCCUCUUUCUCAUACCGAGCCGCAACCUGUCACGAAUGGCGCAAAGCGCGGCAGAGGAAGACCUAGAAAGUAUCCGCUGCCGGCGAUGGCGCAAGAUCAGCCAGCUUCCAAGACACAUCUAUCACAACGCGCUUUAGACCAUAUACAAGCUCUAGCCAGAGAUACAUUAAGUCCGGCAGAGGCACAACCUACUCGGGAAAGAGACACAGACGCCAUCAAGAUCGGAGCGCAAAUGCCGAUACGAGGAUCAGAUAGUGAUUCGGAUGAUGAGUUUCCACCACUAGAUGAGGUUUGGAAGCGACCAAAGAAUCAAUUGCCCGCCUCAGCCCAGCCAGAACCAAACCAAGAAGACGACUACGAGGAAAGGGAGGGCGACGAUGUACGGGCCGUGGAUGAAGAUGAAGAGCAGCCAGACAAAGAGAAUGAGGCCGACCAUCGACUCCCUCGUGUCCCACCCAAGCCACGUUCUACUCCGGCUAUAUAUCCGCUGCUUUUCGAAACUCCAGAAAGUGUCACCAACUCAGCCCGGGUGAAAAUACGAGGCAGUAGCCUUAUGUCGUUGCGAAAUAUCAUGAUGGGCCCUGGCUGGACAGAUCUCGGCAAAGAUUGGGCCAAGACUAUCGUACAACCCUUCCGGGACAAUGUUCGAAAACCGACGGCUACGUCGGAGAUCAAGAACCUUUGCAAACACCUUCAUGAGCUGACAAUGCUAUCUGAUCGAGCUUCCCGAGCGGCCUCUAUUACAAAGCAGAACGAGUAUCUACGAGGCGUAGUGAAAUGGAGAAGCAAGAGUAUAGAGGCAAUUCAGGACAUUGUUUCAGUGUGUGAGCAACAUCUGGCCCCAAAUAGCGUCACUCGACAGUCAUUAAGGCAAGACUUAUUCGAAUACGGCAUCCCCAUGUUGAUUUUGGCGUUGUCGAGUGCGUACUGUCUUGGUGAAGUGGGUGGAGGACACAACGACAUUGACGAGGGUGGCUUUCCCCAAUCUGGUAUGUUUACCAGUAGCACGGUUGACUAUCUCCUUCGUAUUACCGAUUGGAUUACGCGUCUAGAGACACGACUGGCACCCGAUGUUGCCGACGAUGAGGACGAUGAGGACGUCGAGUACGAGCAUGUGCUCAAGAAGGAGAGAGAAGACAGGCAACUUUUCAAAAGGUUCCUCGGUUCCUGGGACAAAACACUGCAACAAGCGUCACACGAAUUAAUUGAAGCCAAGUUUGCUCGGGACCAGGCAAUCAAGAGAGCUCGUCAGGCAGCCCGUGAAGCUGAGCUUGCGAAAAGUGCGGCCAAGUACAAUGCAUUCGUCCUAUCUACACAACGCAUGAGGUCACAGUCGCGACCCUUGGACGAACUACGGCAAAAGGCAACAAGGUCUAUAGUAAUGCCACGUUCAUCCGGGGUAGUCGCACCAGUGAGAUCGGUACCCACAAGUCACCAGCAGCAACCCGGGUCUCGCGUGUCAACGACGUCGUCGAGUCAGCCAAGGGUCUCGACUAUAAGGUCGACGUCCAAGCCUAACUAUCCUAUAUGGUCGGACGCAAAGAAAAUGUGGCUGUUAGACGAGCUACGAAAGAUUGGGCCCAGAGUGUCUGAUAUGGACUAUGAGGACUUGGCUGAGGAUUUAGGGAAGCCGAUCAUAGAAGUUCGGUAUGAGGCGGAAAGGCUGAGAGCGGUUGCGAGGUCAAUUGCGGAGGAGAGGGGGACCAAGGUCGAACGGUGGGCCCAGGGUCGAUGAUUGAUUUACCAUCUCUCAAAGUGCUGUAUCCCUCCAAAGUUUGGAAACCCUUACAAUGCGCAAAGAUUUUCCCCAGC